AUGACGAUCAUGUUGGCGGUGGUGCUGCUCUUGGUGGUCGCCGCCGCUGUUGGCCAGGUGCGGGCCACGCCCGUGCGAGCGUUGGACGGCUUGGGCCACCCCGUGGCCUGGUGGGCCGUACUCAAGCUGCCGUCGCAUGUGCAAUCGCCUGAUGGCCCCGAGGCGCGCGUGGUCCCGACGCCGUGCGACUGUCCGGCCCCGGACUGCAGCAACGUGCCGACGCGGGGCUGGCCGGCGCUGGAGACGCGGGCCACGGGGCUCUGCUACCUCUACGCGGACUCGAAGCAUCCGCAGUUCCGACACUUCCGGGACGUGGGCUUCGACUGCCUGGGCCAAGGGGGGAACGACCCACUGAGCCAGACGCUCAAGCAGAAGGAGGCGGGCGCCGAGUACUGGGCGUUGUUCAACGACCAGCUCAAUGGCGUCGCUGGCGAUUUCCAUCCAAACAAGACCAAGGACGUUGAAGAAGGCAAGCGCGUGUGUGGAGGGGGCGACAUAUUCAGCGCCCACGCUAAGGGAGCGGUGGCAUUUCAAGGCGAUGGCAGCGGCGGCUUCUUCCUGCAGACGUCGACCCCCAACUUCCCCGAUCCAACGCAUAACGACUCCUUUGUGAGACUUGGCUGCCAGGCUGAUAACAACGUGCAGUUCGCUCAGCACAUGAUGGCCAUGUCAAUUGGGGAUAGUGAACUAGUUGAGCUGGGCACGAAGCUGCAGCUUGCGAGGUUGUGCUCGGGCAACUUCUUCCGGGACGAAUCACUGCGGGAUCUACUGGCGAGUGUCAGUUUGUUCGAGGAUGGACCGAAGCAGGAGAACACGAGCGCCUCGGCCUUUUACCAUGCGCUGCUGGACCCGGAUCUACCGGAGCAACAAACGUCAGACCCGAUGAAGGCCGAGUUUCGCCUCAAAUUGUUGGACGGUUCUACUGAAGCACAGAAGAAGAGUCGAGUGUUUGAGCCGUUGGCAGAGAACCAGCAGCUUCAAGAAUUUGUCGACGAUGGAACACGAGCUGAACAGGAUGUGUUGGUGCUGGUCAAGUGUCCACGAGCUGCUGUGCCUCCGUGGGCGUUGGUGGCUGAAAUGCUGGAUUCCGAUGUUAGUGUGGCGUCGUGGUGGGACGGGAGCUACGGCAUCCCCACUAUUUGUGCGGGGGAUGUCUUCACCAACUCGCCGAAUGAGUUUUGCCUAAACGACCCACCGACGGGCGUGGAGUUGAAUGCGGACGGGUCUGCUCCGUACAACAUCGAGAACCUUAUGCAAGCCACAUGGUGGAUGAGCGACGGGAGUGCAAAUUUGACGUGGCAACUCGUUGGAGGAAGGGUCCCUGAUGGCAAUCAUGCCAAGUGGGGGCUCACAACACCUCGGUUUGGCCACGUGAAUACCUCGAACGCUUACGUGACGUUCGGUGACCUCAACAUGGAGGGCUUCCCGUGCUCCAAGGCAUGCAAUGUACUUCCGACGUUUGAGGAGCUCCGCAUGUGCCAUCGAGGCUGCAUCAAGAAAAUUGAGGAGCAUCUGGAACCAUCUCAGUUGCCAGCGUUGAGUGCCAACGCGUCGUCCUUCUGGUCGGUGGGUCUGAGUUGA